UUUCACUUUCGAGGGAAACGAAUGGUUGUCUGGUCUGAACUGAUUUUCUGAUUUAGCCCUGAAGUGAAGCGGGUGGUGAGACAGCACCUGGCCAGAGUGGCUGAUUUAUCUUGAUGUUCGCUGACAACCAAGGCACAUAGACCAGUCAAGCAGCUCGGCAGUGAUACUCCACCCCCUGGUGCCCAAGAAGAGCCUUUGUGGGGUUUGCACUUCCCUGUUCCUGACUUUAUUGGCUCCAAGAGCUUAUUUCCAAGCAGUUUUUCACAGUUUUUAUUUGCGCCAGAAGACCGUGUUCCAUCAUGUCUUCUUCUCCUAUGGAAAUUCCCCGGCGCUCGUCAGGUGCUCAGGCAAGUGAACUAGGAGCAGGGUAUUCCGUAUCACCAGCCACCCACAUGACUGGGACACCACCAGCCUCUCCCAAUUUGUCCCAAGUGCUUGACAUCGACGUGCUUGAUAAAUCUGGUCACCAGCUGAAUACGGCCUGGACGUUUUACUUCGACAGGACGGUGUAUGGCACGACCCCGGCCGACUACGUUGCUAACCUGAAGAAAAUCUACACCGUUCACUGCGUUGAGAGCUUCUGGGGAAUUUACAACAAUAUUCCAUCUCCAGGCCAAAUCCAAAUGCGAUGUGGUUAUCAUUUAAUGCGUGGAACGCGUAAGCCAAUGUGGGAGGAUGUUCCAGAAGGUGGCAGCUGGAAGUUUCGUGUGCCAAAAUCUUGCGCUGAGCGUGUGUGGAAGGAGCUGCUGCUGGCCGUCAUCGGAGAGCAGUUUUCGGGCUAUAUCCAUAAAGAUGAUCAAAUCUGCGGAGUUAGCAUCAGCACACGGCAGGCUGAUGACAUUCUUCAAGUUUGGAAUCUCAAAUCUGAACUGGCACCACAGGGCAAGGUGAUUGACAAAAUCCGGGACCUCGUGCCAGAUGUACAAAUCCAGACAACAUUCUACAAAUCACACCAAGAAACGCUGAAGAAGGGCCGGUAGGGUGUCGUCAUCUGCUUGUGAACAUGCCUGUGACCAUACUACAUAGACCUUAAUACCCAACUGGAUCCAUAUUUUCAAACAACAUUUUUUAUGCUGUGCACAUACACAAUGUAUAAUAUGGAAUUUUAUCUGUACAUAUCUUUCUUUUUUUUCUUGACCGCAUGUUUCUUGCUGCACGCAAAUCUGCCCUGCUUCUUUUCAUCUUGUCCAUCAUGCGUCUGUCCUGCUGCGUCCUUUGGAUUCCCCAUCUGCCCUUCUUCGCUCCACCUUGCCCAUCGUUCUUGUUGUUCUUGUUGUUGUUGUAUUCCGCGAGUCCUCCAUCCUUGGACUUUGGGUCAAUGCUCAACAUUCAUUACAUUCAUUACUUUGUGUAAAGUCGAUGCCUCGUUCUUCCAGAAACCUGGCUUAUAUUAUUGCAUGACUUGAUCUGGAACAAAAACCCUUGUAAGUUGUAAGUUCAUUUUCAUGUUUUAAAUAUUAAAAUACUACAAUCAUGUACCCGUUCAUUUUUCUGCAAUGCGACGAGCUGUUUAGCAGUGAAAUAAACUGAAGUACAUACAUAUCUGUA